AUGGCCAUGAAUAUGUGUAGCAAUAGUGGCGGAACUAAUGCUUGUGGAUGCUGUGGUGGUGCUGGUGGUGGAGGUAACGGCAACGGCGGUAAUAAUAAUGGUGUUUCGAUAUGGAACUCCGGUAGUAUGAGGAAACAGCAACAGCAAAAACGUCCGAGGAUUCCGAAAAGAGGUCCUGGGGUUGCUGAGCUUGAGAAGAUCUUGAAGGAACAAGAAACAGCUGAUGUAACAACAACUCAAAGAGGGAAUAAUGAAGGGUUUUCGAUAUCAUCGUCGUGUUUUAUUCCACAUCCACCGCAGUCGCAGCCAACAUCGCGGCCAAAUUCGAAUAAUCUGCAUUCUCUUAUACCGUCGUCUGCGCAGAAGUUUGAUCUAUCAGUGUCACCAGGAGUUAGAUCUAUGUAUACUAACAGUAGUACUCAUCCAUUGGGAAGGAACAAUGGUGUUGGAUCUAUGGAACAUGAACCAUUUCGUCAUCGUAAUCUUAAUGAAGUUGCGGACGGAAGCCCGUCCGAAUCUGAAAACUCUUCAUCUAGUGAAUCUAAUCAUGCUAAUUAUUCUUAUCCUGCAACAGUUUCAAGGAGGAACAAUUUGGAUCCAUCACCUAAGAUGAAUGAAUUUCAUGGGAAUGGUGGCAAUCAAAAUGGAGUACUAUCAAUUGGAAUGCCCAAUUAUUCUGUGGAGUCCCCUUCAGUCCAAAAUUCACAUUACAACUACUCAUCAAGGUCAAUUGAUGAACAGAUGAUGGCUGGCCGCUUGAAGCGAUCUUAUUCUUCAUCUUUGGACAAUUCUCUGAUUCCGCCUUCAAACUUUCAAGUUCUUCCGAGUUUCUCACGUCACAAUAGGCCACAACAGUCAUCAACAAAUGAAAGUCAUGGGAUUAGUAGUUAUAAUCCCACCAACGAGUGUUACAGGGAUGCAAAAUGGGGUAGCACUUUGGAGCUUAGUAAUAAGAUUUUCAAUUCUGAAAAUGUUGGCUCUAGUCAUACAAAUUUUCCUCCAUUUAUUGUUCCUGAAGUUCAUCCACCUCGACCUCCAAUGCAGUUCUUUCAAAGUGAUCAUUCCAAAGUAAACAAUUUUCCUUGCCAAGUCACUAAAGAUAAAGUAGAGAAUUCAAAUGAAGAAGAUCGUAAACCUUUCUUUAACUUCUUAGAAGUGAAGGACCAAGAAGAUGUUACAAAUAUAAUAAACAUAUCAAAUAAUGGAGUACUUGAAGGAGGAAGAGGUGGCAUUGAUCUUACAUUGAAGCUCUAA